AUGCGAAAGGGCAAAGGGCCGAUCAAGGGGGCGCUGCAGUGGUAUGGCAGAAUGGGACCCCAUGCCAGGAAGGAUCUGGAUGAGUUAAAGACUUCUUCAUUUGGGAGAAAUCGAUCAGCUCAGCUCACCUCUGACCUGCUGGUGUCAUGGAGAUUGUCCUGGGGGUCAGCAGCGGCGGUCGCUCACGAGAGAGACGCAGCGAGGGACGAGGAUCACGCUGAGCACAUUCAGCCUGCUAGAGCGGAGCUGACAGUUGUCCGGUGUUGCUGUUGUUUUCAGGUGGGCGUGGAGGCUCAGGUGUCCUUGAAGUCCACGUGCCUGUGUGAUUUUACUCUGCACUACGAGCUCGCCUCCCGGGGCAACAUCGUGCAGUCUGGCUACCAGCCCUCUAACGUCACCCUGCAGAGGAGCAAGCGAGCCACCGUCACCUUCGACAAGAACGUCCGCACCAGCGCCCCCGCAGGACCUGGUGCACCCAAGCCCCCAUCGCCGGCGGAGACAGAUGUCUGCGUGACGAUCCUGCAUUUCCCCGUGACCUACAACAUGGCUCCACUCAGUCGCCUGCUGGUCUACUACGUGAGGGAGAACGGGGAAGGGGUGACUGACAGCAUCCAGCUCCCAGUGCAGCCGGCUUACGAGAACCAGGUGUCUGUGUCCCUGUCCUCUAACGAGUCCAUGCCCGGGGACGUGGUUAACAUGCGGGUCAGAGCGGAGAGGGGUUCCUGUGUGUGCUUGGCAGCCGUCGAUAAGAGCCUGUAUCUGCUGAAGCCAGGCUUCCAGCUCACUACCGACAAGAUUUUUCGGGACCUGGCGGACUUCGACGUUUCGGACGCCUUCGGGGUACCCAAGGACGAUGGUCACUUCUGGUGGCCGGGGCUGUCGUCACGCCGACGGAGACGUUCCUCGGUUUUCCCCUGGCACUGGGAUAUCACCAAGGAUGCCGGCUUCGCCUUCACUGAGACGGGCCUGGUGGUGAUGACAGACACGGUGAGUCUGAAUCACCGGCAGAAUGGGGGCAUGUACACGAACGAGGCCGUGCCCGCCUUCCAGCCACACACCGGGACCCUGGUGGGGGCCAUGCACUCCCGCGCCGUGCCAAGGGCUGAGAAACGGAGAAGAACCUUCUUCCCAGAGACCUGGAUUUGGCAGUGUCUCAACGUCAGUGACAUCACCGGAGAGGGCGAGCUGCGGCUGGAGGUUCCGGACUCUAUCACCACCUGGAUCACGGAAGCUGUCGGCUUGUCUGAUGGGAAGGGGCUGGGCCUGGCUGCGCAAACGGAGCUGCGUGCAUUCAAACCGUUCUUUGUGGACUUCGCCCUGCCCUACAGCGUGAUCCGCGGGGAGCAGAGCAAGAUCCUGCUGACUGUGUACAACUACCUGCCAGUGUGCGCGGAGGUCCAUGUCAAGAUCUCAGUUCCCAAAGGGAUCAAGUUCGUAGGUCACCCUGGCAGGUACCACCUGACCCGGAAGAAGUGCGUGCCGCCCAGAGAAGCCCAUCCCACCUCCAUCGUCCUGUCCUUCAGUGAGCUGGGACUGGCCAACAUCACAGCACGAGCGUUUGCCUACAGUGAGGUGGGCUGCUGUGAGGAGGGGGCGCAGUCUCCCCUUAAGAAUGGGAAGCACCUGGAGGACAGCGAGCUGGACAGAAGGACCGCGGUGGGCAUGGACUCCGUGCGGCGGAGCAUCCUGGUGCAGCCGGAAGGUCUGCCGAGAGACUAUACCUACAGUGUGUUCUUCUGUCCUAAUGAGAAAAUCCACAUCUCCACUCCCAACAAGUACGAGUACCAGUAUGUGAAGAAGCCGGCGCGAAUGACACACUUCGACGUGGCGGUGAAGGCUCACAACGAUGCGCACCUGGCGCUGUCCUCGGGGCCGCAUGACACGGCCGGGAUGGUGGAGAUCGUGAUCGGGGGCCGCCAGAACUCCCGCACCUGGGUGUCGGCCAGCAAGAUGGGUGAGCCGCUCGCCAGCGUUGGCACCGAGGGCAUCCUGUCCUGGGACGAAUUCCGCAACUUCUGGGUCAGCUGGAGGAACGGAGUGGUGCAGGUGGGUCACGGGGAGCACCCCUCUAACGAGUCUGUCAUCGUGGAGUGGGCAGGGCUGAAGCUGACGCAGGUGAAGUACGUGGGCUUCUCAACGGGCUGGGGGUCCGUGGGCGAGUUCAAGAUCUGGAGGAAGGAGGACUCGGAUGAGAACCACAACGAGGCGUUCACUCUGGGGGUCCCACACAACGUGGUCCCGGGCAGCGAGCGAGCCUCCGCCUCCAUGAUAGGCGAUGUCAUGGGCCCCACCCUCAAUAACCUGGACAGUCUGCUGCGGCUGCCCUUUGGCUGCGGGGAGCAGAACAUGAUCCACUUCGCUCCCAACGUCUUUGUGCUGAAGUACCUGCAGAAAACCAAGCAGCUCAACCCGGAGGUGGAGAGGGAGGCCACAGACUACCUGGUGCAAGGAUACCAGAGACAGCUGACCUACAAGAGGCAGGACGGCUCAUACAGCGCCUUCGGAGAGAGGGACUCGUCCGGCAGCAUGUGGCUGACUGCGUUUGUCCUCAAGUCCUUCGCUCAGUCCCGCGGCUUCAUCUUUAUCGACCCCAAGGAGCUGAGCGCGGCCAAGGACUGGAUCAUCCAGCACCAGAAAGAGGACGGCUCCUUCCCUGCCGUGGGGCGCAUCCUCAACAAGGACAUCCAGGGAGGGAUCCACGGGAAGAUCUCGCUGACAGCUUAUGUGGUGGCAGCGCUUCUGGAAACCGGGAUAACAUCUGAGGAAGAGAAGACGGCGGUUGCUAAGGCCAAGCACUUCCUGGAGACGAACAUGUACUCCGCUGAUGACCCGUACACCACGGCGCUGAUGGCCUACGCCCUGACGAUCCUCCGCAGCAGCUACGCGCCCGUGGUGCUACGCAAGCUCAACAACAUGGCCAUCACGCAGGAUGGUUUUACUCACUGGAGCCUGACUGGAUCUACAGUGACUGAUGAGGACACCUUCAUGGGCUUCAAUGACGGCCUCUCGCAGUCAGUCGUGUCGGCAGAGGUGGAGAUGACUGCCUAUGCCCUGCUGACCUACACCCUCCUGGGGGAUGUGGCCACAGCCCUGCCCGUGGUCAAGUGGCUUUCGCAGAAGAGGAAUGCCCUGGGGGGCUUUUCAUCCACACAGGACACAUGCGUGGCACUGCAUGCCCUGUCCGAGUAUGCCAUCCUGUCCUUCGUGGGUGGAGUCAACCUCACCAUCUCACUGGCCUCCACGAACCUGGACUUCCAGGAGACCUUUGAGCUCAACAAGGCAAACAAGAAGAUCCUGCAGACUGCCCUGAUCCCCAGUAUUCCUACUGGACUGUUCGUCAGCGCCAAGGGGGAAGGGUGCUGUCUGAUGCAGAUCGACGUGUCAUACAACGUUCCUGAUCCCGUGGCCAAGCCGGCGUUCCAGCUCACUGUGACCCUGAAGGAGCCCAAACCGGGGCGACACCACCCCCAGCAGCAACGCCCCCCCGCUGCACGCCCCAAAUCCCGCGCUGAUAACCGCUCGGAGCUGAGCCGCCGGCGUCGGGCUGCCACGGACGAUGAAGACCCCGCUGCAGACCAGGACCACCAACAGUACCAGGUCAGCCUGGAGGCCUGUGCCAGGUGGCUGCACGCUGGGUCCUCCAACAUGGCUGUGCUCGAGGUGCCACUGCUGUCCGGUUUCAGAGCAGGCUUGGAGAGCCUGGAGAAGCUUCUCCUGGACAAGAAGAUCGGACUGAAGAGAUACGAGGUGGACGGCAGGAAGGUUCUGUUUUACUUUGACGAGAUCCCCAGCCAGUGCAGGACCUGUGUGAAGUUCCAAGCGUAUCGGGAGUACAUUGUUGGGAAAACCGCUCCUGUGCCCGUCAAGGUGUAUGACUACUACGAACCAGCAUUCGAGGCCACACGCUUCUACAACGUGAGCGAGCACAGCCCGCUGGCAAGGGAGCUGUGUGACGGAACCACGUGCAACGAGGUGGAGAGUUCAGCCAACCAAUGGAUCGGCUUCUCGCAGUCCAGCCAGUGUAACAAUGUCUUCAGCUGCCUGGAGGAGGAACACUUCGAGCAGUGCACCUGCUACCGGGACUGCGGCUACGAUGGUGAGCCCGUCUGCGCCUCUGACGCUGUCGUCUACCAGAACCAGUGCCAGAUGGAGGUGGCAGCCUGUCGCAACAGCACCCGCAUCAAGCAAGUGCCCAUGUCCCACUGCCCCUCACUGGAGAAUCUGCCUGAAGAAAAGGAGCUGGCAGUCGAAGAGCUACAGAACCUCCCUCCAGUGCAGCCAGGAGAGGAGGAGCCCGAGCCCCAGGCGGAGGUCUCGUAUUACUCUUACGAGUACGACAGCGACCCCUACGUGUCGGAGGGGGAAGAUGACGCCGUCGAUCUGGGGGGCGAGGUGGUGAGGGAGUCAGACAGGACGCAGGAGGGCGAGCUGCACUUGCUGGAGAUGGAGGACACCGCCACACAGUGAAUAUCCCCUUGGAAUUAACAUGAAAAAAGGAGGUGAAUACAUUGUACAUUGUUUGUUAAUACAUUGAACUGACUCGACUGAAAUAAAGAAGAGGACCGUUGCUGUGAACCAGAGAGCAAGCGAGCAAGUAGCUGAGGACUGUCUCUGUCUGUCUGUCUGUCUGUGUCUUUUUUAUAUGCAUUCUCAUUCACAAUAAAUAGAAAAACGAUCGCC